GAGUCGCUAGCUGUACGGCGGGAAGAGAAGAAGCGAUCGGGGGGAAUCAACCAACCGCUUUUGAGCGUCGCGACCGUCGCAUUUCACAUUUCUCAGUUGCAGCGCGCGGAUCGUUGCACCGGUGCGCCCGCCUACCAGUCAGUUUUCCGCGAUCAUUUGAUUUGCGAUCGUUCGCGAGUGAAGGGGUCGAAAAUUAAUGAGCGACGAUGUCGGUAAUCUACAAGAAUUCGAUGAACGCCAUCGGCAAAUUCGUGCCCGAGAAGCUGCAGCCUCUUUGGAAACAUCCAGCUGGUCCGCAAACCAUCUUCUUUUGGGCACCGGCCUUCAAAUGGGGGCUCGUAAUCGCCGGUCUCGGUGAUUUGCAGAGGCCAGCGCACAAAAUCUCCAUCAGCCAGUCUUGCGCCUUGGGCAUCACCGGAUUGAUCUGGACGAGAUAUUCCUUAGCCAUCAUACCGCAAAAUUGGAAUCUCUUUAGCGUGAAUCUAUUCGUCGCGUGUACAGCCAUAUAUCAAGUAUCAAGAGCCUUGAUGUACCAACGUCAGCAAGCUGCUCUGGAAGCAUCAAAGGUGACCUCGUCAGAUCCAGUUCACUGACGAUAAUCCAUGGUGGUACACAUUCCUAGGGGACGAAAUUUAAAAUAUAUAAUUCAUCGCUACUUCGCGUCUCAAUGAGACGUUUGUGUCUUAUCAAUUAGCACGUUGGGAACGAAUCGUUUAGUAACGCGACGUCUAGCGUAUCUGACCAAUGUAUCUUAAUUGCGAUCGAGACGAUCGUGAGACAGACUAGUUGUUAAACUUACCAACUAAUUUCAAUUUCUUCAGAAACGUGAAGAAGACAUGGUACAGUUGUAUUAUUUGUUUUGUUGUUAUUGUAUUAUGCGUUUGAUCUGUCGACGAUUCUACGCUAUAGACGAGUAAUAUGUAUCCCUGAACGAAGGGUACUCGUAAUGGCAAACGUUCUCAUUCAUCACAGGACAAGUUGAAAAAGACGUCAUGAGGUUUUUACGCAAUGUUUACGUUUUGGGCUUUCUGUGCCAAACUGUGAUACGUGUGACAUACGGUGUUUCAUCGUAACGUCUUUUUGUCGAUUCUCCGUGCGAUAAACAAAUACGCUCUAUGCUGUAACGAUUACAAUACGAUUGAGUAAAAUAUGUGAAACACGAGACGAUAAGUCGGUAGAGGACAUAACGGGCACUGGAUUCGCGUGUACCGUAUUGGAUACCGUUGCACGUUGUUUAUCGUUGUUACGACUUGUAUAUAACAUUAACUUAACAUACACCUUCAGUUGUCACGCGCCACGUGCGUUCUACCUCGUAUUAUAACGAUGCUCACGGUGCUUCCGCACGACAUAUCGGCGUCACGCGACACCUCGGAAGAGCGGACAAAUGUACAAAGCGUAUACUUUAUUCGAUAAUUGUUGUAACUGCCUCGCUCUGUGGUCGGUUGAAAUAAAGUACGGAUAUUUUUAAUA